AUGGCAACCUCACCUAGUCCCGACGCUCUAGCAUCAGUCUCCCUCAAGCUGCCACCUUAUUGGCCUUCAGAUCCUCUUAUCUGGUUUGCUCAAGUGGAAGCUCAGUUCCAGACUCGCAAGAUAACAUCUCAAAAGGCCAGAUACGAUUAUGUGGUAGCUUCUCUUUUGCCUGAGGUAGCCGUGGAAGUACGUGAUCUGGUACUCAAAGCCCCUGACUCUGACCAGUAUGAUAAGCUGAAGGAAGCACUUAUUGAAAAGACAGCUGCUUCUAAGCAAAGGAGGCUGCAGCAGCUCUUUACGGGAGAACAGCUCAGGCAUCGCAAACCUUCCCAACUCCUCCGCUGGAUGGAGCAACAGCUCAGGCAAACUGCUGAGGAUGCUCCAGCAUUCCUGAAGAAGCUCUUCCUGCAGAGACUUCCUAGUGGUGUCAGGAUGGUGUUGGCUUUAGCUAAAGCAGACACGCCACUAGCAGAACUCGCUCUCUUGGCUGACAAGGUUAUGGAGGUUUCUUCUCCAACGCCACCACCACCCAUUAAUAGCAUGACUGAGAAGAGUACUUUGGCCACGGAGGUAGCACAGCUAAGGGAAGAGGUAGCUUGUCUCACUCAUCUGGUGAAGAGUGCCAGUAGAGCACCAUUGCAUGGACGAUCUCCUCAUCCCCAUCGUCAUCCUUCCCCGAGGAGGACCUCAUUUCAAGAUCCUUCAUCUAAACUCUGUUGGUACCAUGAACAAUAUGGUGACCAAGCUCGUAAAUGCAGGGAACCUUGUUCUUGA